AUGGUGUACCAUAACCCUCUUCAACGAACCAUGAACGCCGUCUUGAUCGACUUCUGCCACAUCUGCCAACCCGAGCUCAUGCUCGAAUAUGAGCUCGAUACCGUGCCCGACAAUGGUAGAUCGAAGACCUGCCGAAGGUGCAGCAAGACCUUUGUCGAGAGUGUGAGCUUCACAAAUCAGGAUCAACUCGAGAAGCAGCUUGCACGUCUAGCCGCUGGUCAUUUUGCCACAAGCCACGGGCUCGCCAUUGCCUCGCUGGGCCCGGCGCGGCUCGAGAAGAUUGAGAUUAGAUGGAAGGACGGCGAUCACUCCUUUGGCUAUGGGGCCACGUCCCUCCUGGGCAUGGAACCUGAUCGCUUUCAACGCCAGCUCGACAUGAUCCCCUUGCGCGGCUUCAUUGACGUGAUUUAUAUCGAGUUCAAAUCGCCGUCGCACGUCCAUCCUGGGCCGAAACCACUGCCUGCAUUCCCAUCGCCCACCACUUCCCAGGUGUCGUACAGUCCGAGGGUCACAUACCCCAAUCAAAGCAGGGGACCGACCGGUAAAUCCAAGCUCGAUCAGCCGUGGGAUGGGAGGACUCUUCAUCCAAAUCUUCAUAACCCAUAUGUCUCUCCAAAGAUUCGUGAUGUCUUCAUGUCAGACUUCGACCCCUCGCCCACUCCUGUCGACGCCAAACCCUUCUGUGAUCAUACACGUAUCAAGGCAAUUCCUAGCAACGGAUUCCGUACUUCAGGAUCCUAUGAGAUUAAUACAGGUACGGCUCGGAGAACUCCGCUCCAGCCAGGCACGAAAAAGAAUCAUAAAGCAGCAUCUACUGAUCCAUACCGCAAAGCUUCAAGCAACCUGAGCAAGCAUCUCGCCCAACCUCUGAGCAACCCAUUCUGCGACGGUCUCUCAGAUCCCAAGCCACAGACCGCGAGCAUUCUCCCCCUAAUCCACCACCCUCACAUGGCACCCCGACACACCUCUCAGCAGCAGGCUUCGAACCACCAUGUCCCGUCCUUUGGUGAUGGCCGGGCGAGCCAUCCUUCUCAGGGCGCAGCCAUCAAACUUGUCCCGCACCCGAAUGCAUUCACGGGUCUUUCAGGCGACAAUCCCGGGAUCGGCACCCGUCCCAUGCGACCCAUCAAGAGGCUCCCGCGAACCAGAAAGCCGUACUCGGGGCCUCAUAACUCUUUUGGGGCCGACCGAGCUGGACACGGUCAUCAUGCGGAUAUUGGAGCGUUCACCAAGGACCAGCAAAUUGAGCACUUUCUGGGCGCUUGGGAUGGCUAUGCUGGGUCGGAUGAACUCAUGCACGAUGCCUCGUGA